AUGUAUAUUGAUGAAUUGCCGGUUGGAUUAUAAAAGCAGAAUUUCAUGGUGGAGGAAUUUCCUCCUGGUAAUAUAACUUUAAUAAUAAAGAUUUCGAUCCUUAAUAAUUUGAUAAAGUGGAUUUACCAUUAAAACAAAGAAUUAAAUCGAAGGUUUGGAAAGUUAGACUAUAAGGUUAUGAAGAAUUAGCAAAUGAGUAAGAAAUUGAGUAUGAGUGCAUUUUAUAAAUAAUACAAGAUAUACAUGUUUAAUGUUAAGAGAAAGCACUAUAGAUAGCCUUAAAAUAUUUUGAAUAACAUCAUCAAUUAGAGAUUGCAUAAUAGAAAGAGAUAAUAAAAGUGUUAAUAGAGAAAGUUUUGAUAUAAUAAAAAUUAAGGUAAAAUGGGUAUUAGUUGGCCACAAUAUUGUUUCCGUAUUGUAAACAAGCAAUAUUUGAAAUUAUAAUUGUAGAAUUAAGUCAUAAAAAUCCAAAGAUUGUAUAAGCAACAAUAAGUUUGAUAUUGGAGUUACUUCAAUAGUACGGUGUUAAGAAAUUAGAUAAUUUAAAACCUUUUUUCCCAAUAUUAUCAAAAUUAACAGAGGCAUAAUAAAGUACAAUAAAAGCUGAUGCAAUUUCAUUUUAUAAGGAAGCCACUAAAUGGUUUGGAAAGAAUAUAGAAGCAUUUUUUGGAGGAUUGAAUGAAAAACUUUAAUAGGAAUUAAAAAAGAUUGUAGAAACAAUAACAGAAGUAUUGAAGGCUCCAAAUUAAGAUGGAGAUUUUGAGACAGGAAAUCAAUAAUUAUAUGAUUUAGCAGAAGCAGUUGAAGUAUUCCCAAAAUUUACAGAUUCAUGGUGUGAAAAGUUAUUUUAAUUAGAGAAAUGGUAAGACAAAAAAGAAUUAUUAGAAAACUUAUAAAAAGCAUGUUCAGUUGCUAAAAUGAUACCAUCACCAAAUGUAUAUUCAAUAGUUUAAUUGUUAAAGAAAUUAAUAAAUGAAUAAAAUAUAGCAAUAUGUACAAUGAGUAUAAAAAUAGCAGGACUUUUAGCAAAUGGAUUAAGAAAGAAUUUCUUAUAAUAUGUUAAAAUAUUAACAUAACCAUUAUUUGCUAGACUUAAAGAUAAGAAAUAAAAUAUUGUUGAUGAUACAAUAACUACAUUAAAGAAAUUCUUUUAUUGUUGCACUCUUGAUGAUUUAUUUGAAGAAGUUAAAACAUUAUUAGAUGAUAAAGCAUCUAGUCCAAAAAUUAAUGUUUUUAUUCUUAUUGAAUAUUGUUUAGAUGAAUGUCCAAAAGAGAAACUUAUUAAACUUUAAUGUAUAAAAUAAUUAGUCCCUAUUUGUAAAAAAUUAACAGAAGAUGGUAAUGCAGAAGUAAGAACAAAAGCUCUCAAUUUGUUAGCUAAAAUAUCAGUUUAAUUAUAUAAUGGUUCUAUGGCUGCAGAUUUAAAAGGAGAUAAAUUUAUAAAGUAUUAAGCUUAGGUUAAUAUAUAUCUUGAAGGAAUUAAAGCUAUAUCAGGCAAUAUUUCUGAAAUAUAAAUUCGCUAAAAGUCUAUUUUAUAAUCUAAUAAAGAAAACAUUUAAAAUUAAGCAAUCAUUCAUACUAAAUAAGAUACUACUCAAAAUAAGUCCCUCUCUAUUUCUUAUUCUUAAAGCAAUUAAGAAAGUUAAGAUAUUAAAUAUUAAUCUAAUAUGACUACUAAUUAAGUAGAAGCAUUCUUAAAAUAAUACAAAAUUAAAAAUAAAGAUUAAAGUGAAUUAGGUAAUAUUUUGUUGAACAUUACAUAAUAAUCUAAACAAAUUUUAACAGUCAUUAUGGAUUAUAUAGUAGAUAGAUUAACAGAUUAGAAAUAAUUGUGUUAUUAGUUAUUUGAAAAAUGUUCUUAAUCAUAUAAACCAAAUCAUUUUUCUUAAUUAAUUACAAGCUUUAAGAAUGCCCCUACUUAAGUUUAAUUAAUUGAAAUUUUAACUUUACUACUAAAAUAUAUUCCUUUAAGCGAUAAAACAAUUGAUUAAUAGUUAAUUUCAGAAUUCUUAAAAGGUUAUUAAAAUUAGUCUAAUUAAAAAGCAAGAUCACUUGUAAUUGAUUGUUAAAAUGCAUUAAAAUCAUUAUUUGAAAUUAAAAAAGCUCCAUCUGAAUAAAAACCAAUAAUUCCAUUCUCCUUAACAUAAUUUAAUGAUUAAUAAAUUGAAAAAUUAAAAGAACAAUUAAAAGUACCACAAAUACCUUAAAAUUUGUUUGAUAAACUUUUCAGCUACAAUCCUUAAUAAAAUUUAGCUGCAGCAACUUAUAUUAGAUAAAAGAUUGCAUAAGCAGGAGAAUUCACAGAAAUCUUUUUUAAAUGGGGUUAUCUAAUUUCAUGGUUUAAGGAAAAUAUACCAUUAUAAACUGAAAUAAUCAUGCUAUUUUAAUUUUUAACUUCUCAACAUAAACUCACAUUAUUAGAACAAUAGAUUAUUUCUUCUUAUAUUAAAAUGAUGAUAUUAUUAUACAUUAGAAAUGGAAUGCCUAAAUUAGCACAAAGAACUUUGCCUUUACUUAUGAAUUUACUAAAUGAUUACAAAUUAUAAAAUUUCUAAAUACAUCAAUCAGGUAAAUUUGAUGAUUUUGAUGACAUAUCUCAUUCUUAAGCAAACUAAAUAAUUCAAUAAAUGUAAGAUAACAUUUCAGAUUGGAAUUGCAAUUCUUAAUUAUAAUAAAAAUAAAUAUUAGUUUCAUUAAUUUCAUUAAUUAAUAAAGAAAAUGAUUCAAUUCUAGAUCAAAAAAGACAAUCAAUAAGAAUAGAAGGAAGGAAAAUUUCAAAUAAUGAUUUAAAAAAUAAAUAAGAAUAAACCUAAAGUUCUCAAAAAAUUACUCAAGAAUAACUUUCAGAAAAAGUUAUGACACUACAAAGUUUUUCAUAAAAAAAAUUACUAUAAUAAAAAAAUUUUAUUUUACCACUAACUUAAAUUAUAAAUAGUGGAAAUAAAAAUAUUAGUUCAUCUUAAAUUUUAAAUUGUAAAGAAAAAGAACAUGAAAUAAUUUUAAAAAAUUUUCAAUAAAUGUAUUGUAAAUUUAGAGAAACUAAUUUAAUUGAAAACUCUCAAAGUUUUGCUGAACAAAUUAUUUUUCUUUUAAGCAAUUUAUUAACUGAUGAAUGUUAUGAUAAAAUGAAUGAAUUCUUGGAAAAAUUAAUACAUAUUUUAUCAUCAAGUCAUUUUUACAAAAACAUUUCUUAUAACUAAUUUUAAAUUAUUUUUGAUUCACUUAUUUUUAAAAUGGUUGAAUAAUCUACAAAAAAUAAUGUUAAAGAUGGAGCAUAAAAAUGUUGUUAUAAUUUAAUCAAUUCAAACUUAAUUAAAAUUUUAAAUAACCAAGACUUAUCAAAUUUAUAUUUGGCCUUUUUGGAUAUAUUAAUAAAAGUGAAAGAAACUGAUAAAUAAACUAAAUAAUUUUAUGCAUUAGUAACUAAAUGCUUAAGUAAAUCAGCUGAUUAACUUAAAGGUUAAUUCUAAUGGUCUUAGGUACAAGCAAUUUUAGAGAAAAUUAAUUAAUAUUUGAGCAAAUGUUAAAAACCUUAAAUAAAUUUGGAAUACACAUAGUAUUAGAAUUGUAUAUUGAAUGCUCUAAAGACUACUGUUAUAUUUUUCUUUAAUUACAAUGAUGGUAUUAAAGUUUAUCAAUAUAUCAUGCAAAACACAAAUGAAAAUUCUAUGUUAAGAUAAUGGAUAUUAGAUUUAUAAGAAAAAAAUAAUACUAAUCUUAUAGUUGAUUUAGCUAAAUAUAGAAGGUCAAGAGAUACACAUUUUAACUAAAUUAUUGAAUUAUUAAAAAUAGAUUUUGAUAAAACAGUGGAGUAAUUUGUUUCUUUAGUGAGAAGGUAAAAUCUGAAUUGGAAACCUAUGGUUGAAUUUUUAAAUUUAGACCAAAUAAAAUUUAUCGAAUAGAGAUUAGAAUCCACAUCACAUAUGAAUUUGUUAGAAAAAAAAGUGGGAGAAUUAGAAAAGAUGCUUAAUUAAUGAAAAUAAUAUAUAAACAAAC